AGUCGUUCCACUGAAACCUUCUGAUGCAUGCCAGUGAGAAGAGGAGAAGUGAGGACGUCUACCGUCAGAGGAGCGGCAGAAGAGAGAAAGAGACAGCAGGAAGGAGAGGAGAAAAAAGAAGAAGAAAAGCUGCCGUCUGUGAUGUGAUCAGCCUUCCAGCCUGUUAAUCCCGGCCAGUUUAUGCCAUAGACUGGAGGGUGUUUUUUGUUUUUGGUGACUGUCUUGCUGUCAAGGAUUUCAAAAGAACUGAGCUUGAGGGAGGGAGCAGGAGAGGGGAUAGUGACGAGAGAGCAGCGUUUAGCCCCCUUUUGUGCUCUCCUCAGUUUAUUUCGUAGUGGAAUUUCGACUGGGAGUCCCUGACUUCAAACUAUGGAUGGAUUUAAGCGGACAGCGGAGUGAGUCUCGCUGGGCGGGCAGUGACAGUGAGUGAGCUCCCUUUCCUCUGAACACACUGCUCAGACUUGGCCCUGUCAUGUCCUGGUUGUUGGCUGUGUGGAUUAGCCUGGGAUUCUCGCUGCUGUGCCAGGCCACUCUCUACCAGACCAUCCAGCAGCACCAUGUGGCCAGGCCCGGUCGCACUGACAUCCUUACCCUUGAGGGAGGCACGUGUGAGGUGAUUGCCGCCCAUCGGUGCUGUAACAAGAACCGCAUCGAGGAGCGCUCCCAGACCGUCAAGUGCUCGUGUUUACCGGGGAAAGUGGCCGGAACGACACGCAACAAACCUUCCUGCGUGGAUGCAUCCAUUGUGAUUGGAAAGUGGUGGUGUGAGAUGGAGCCAUGCCUGGAGGGAGAGGAGUGUAAGACUCUGCCUGACAAUUCUGGAUGGAUGUGUUCCUCUGGGAAUAAGAUCAAGACCACGAGGAACACCCAGCCAUACUCCCCUUUUUAGCUUCCGGAAGCAAAAUGCAGAGGAUGCUUCAACUGAAAUUGAGCUGCAUUCUUGCUUCUGUAAAGGUU